AUGGCUCCAUCGACCAAGACCUUGUAUGAAGCUCUCGACGUAACCCACGACGACAUCAUUGACAGCGAUGACGACUCUGGCGACAAAUGCUGUUGUGAUUGCGGUUGCCACAAUAGAAGACAGACAUUGGAGAGACGUCUUCCUGACCGCACCAUACUUUUAUUCGCCCUCGCUGUCUGCACGAUCGCCGCCUGUGCCUUCGCCUUCGGUAUUCAAUCUUAUUUAAGAAUCUCACAGCCCGUGAUCCCAUUGGGUGCUGACCCAUGGGGCCUCGUCCCCCAGGAGGUGGGCCAGACGACUUCGUGGCGGUCGUUCUACAAUGACUCCCGGGACCCUUACUGGAUGGACGAAGACACGUUCGACAACCUGGACGUCAUGAGGCGCGUCAUCAGACGCCUCAAGUGGCUGCAGAAUUCAACGAACAUACGUGCCAACGGCCGGCAAACCAAAUACCGGGAUUGGAAUGGCAAGGAGGCCGUGUUACCGUCCUACCACGGAUCCACGCCUACCGAAGUGUUCGGCAUAAGAUCUUUCCAUCAAAUACAUUGCAUUAUUGUCAUGGUCGAGGACUACGGCCUUCGCCUGCACGGCGAGCCCUCGCAGUGGACGCCAGGCCACGUCAUGCACUGCAUCAACACGAUGCGGCAGCUGACGCAGUGCAUGGCUGAUGCCACCCCGAUCUCUCUCGUUCAUGGUGCGGAGAAACACCUCGGCGACGGCCAGCAGAUGUGGUGCCGCGACUUUGACGGCCUCCGCCGUUGGGCUAACGCCCCGGAGCGCGGUCUCCGCUACGCCAUAGUCUCACCCCCGGGCGCUAAGGACGUGUAUGACGAGAUUUGGCCUUAUCCAGGAGACUCGGGCCCGCCGGCGGAUUUGUGGUAA